AUGGGGAAUAUUGUAUCCUGUUGUUCACUAGAUGAAUCUAAAAAAUACGUAAACGAUGACGAAAUAUUGGAAACAUUUUCAAAUGCUGAGAUAAACGAAUUUAAAAACCGGCUAAAAAAUAACAUCCAAAUAGUUGUUCUGUUACAAGAUGGAACCAAAUUACCUUGUAAUUUACAAGCAAAUUUCACUGAAAAAACUUUAUGUAUAUCUUGCCACCAAAAGGUACGAAUGAUUAAUUUCAGUGAUAUUCGAUCAUUAUUGUAUGGAGAAGAACAAUUAAAAAGAGUAGAAACACAAGCAAAUUUAAUUAGUGGCAAUUGUUGUUUGGCGUUACAUUUAGAUGAUAGUGGUAAUUGUAUACCUAUAAAAUUUGAAGCAAUGAAAGACAAAAAUUUAUUUAUUUAUAUUAUGAGAGAUUAUAAAAAAAAUUAA